AUGAGUUCCACCACUUCAACACCAAUAAAUAUCAAGUUUUCAUUAAACGAACCACGAUUGAGCAAAAGAACUACGUGCGGUGAUUUAUGUACUUUAACAUCGAAUGAAUUUCCUAUUCUUAAAAAAUUAUCUAUUCAACAUCUUGUUUUACAAGUUGGAGGUGUUCGUGAACCACAUUGGCAUGGAAAUGCUAAUAAAAUAAUUUAUUGUUUAUAUGGUUCAGCUUUAAUUACCAUUGUUGGUAAUCAUGGUAAAUAUAAUACAUUUGGUAUUACUGAAGGUCAAGCUUGUUUUGUUCCAUCUGGUUAUGCUCACCACGUUGAGAAUAUGCGUAAAGAUGGAACCAGUGAAUUUAUUAUUGGUUUAUCGCACGAACUACCAGAAGAAUUUAAUUUUUCAAUGACAUUCGGUCCUAUGUCUGAUAAAGUACUUGGUAAUACAUUUCGAUUACCUGAUAGUGCAUUUAAAGAUGUAAUCAAACUCAAACGUGGUGAACCAACACUUAUUGGAAAAAUGAAACAAAUAACAAACGUUGCUAAUGAUCGAGUUUUUACAAAUUCAAAUGAAUAUAAAUUCGAUUUUGAACGACGGGCAUUUACAUUAACUUUUCCUGAAGGAUCAAUUAAAAUAGCAUCACACAAACAUUGGCCGAUAAUUAAAAACAUUUCAAUGUCAUCGCUUUGUAUUUCAGCACAAAGUAUACGUGAGCCAUAUUGGCGUCCUGAAGCAGCUGAAAUGGGUUUGGUUGUUAAUGGUUAUGCACGUAUAAGUAUUCUUUUACCUAAUGAUGGUCAUCAAUUACAUACAUUUUCAUUACAAAAUUAUGAUGUUUAUUUUAUACCACCUGGUUAUCCACAUUACAUUGAAAAUAUUGGAGAUGCAGAUUUAAAAAUUUUAAUGUUUUUUGAUCAAUCAAAUGCUGACGAUAUUGGUUAUAAAGGUGGUCUUUUAGCUUAUUCAAGAGAAGUUCUUAGUGCAACAUUUCAAUGUGAUUCAAAACAAAUACCAACUGUUUCAUUCAAUCGACAAAAUUUAAUUGUCAAACGUGUAAAUCCGAUUGACAAUUAA